AUGGGUGAGAAGGCGGAAGGCACGUCUACUGCUUCGCCAAAAACCGAAGAAUCUUCCGUUCCCGGAAUUCUUCCGGCUUCACAUUGGCAAAAGACCAAGCUCCCGGACGUACCCGACGACGAUGCUGAUUCAACGCUCAGCUCAACACUGUGGAGCGAGACAACGUCUCUGGCAAGUAGUAUCCGCAGAUACCGAGUUUUGCAUGGUAGAACAUACCAUGGAGAGAUCGGUGACGCGGAGUCCUGGGAACCAAAUGAUGAUAAGCAUGCUGAAAGCAUGGACUUGUUCCACAUCAUGAAUACGUUGGUGCUUGGUGAUAAACUCUUUCUGGCCCCAGUCAAUAACCCCAAGAAGGUCCUUGAUAUUGGUACAGGCACAGGUGCCUGGGCCAUAGAUUUUGGCGAUCUAUAUCCCAAUGCUGAAGUAAUUGGGACCGAUAUUACCCCGAUCCAGCCUACCUGGGUCCCUCCUAAUGUCCGGUUUGAGAUCGAGGAUUGUAAUCAAACUUGGGCACGAGAAGACAACUCAUUCGAUUUCAUCCACGCUCGGACCCUAGUCGGCAAUAUUCUUGACUGGGGAAAGUUUUUCCGCGAAGCUUACCGCUGUUUGAAGCCUGGCGGCUGGCUUGAGAACCAGGAAACUGAAAUGUGCUGGAAGGCAGUAAAUGCCGAAAUUCCGGAAACAAGCGCUAUGGGGCAAUGGCACAAAGUGUGGCAUGCUGGCGGAGAGAAGAGCGGACGAACGUUUCGCUUGGUUGAGGACAACCUGCAAGAAAAGCUGAUGAAGGAGGCAGGGUUUGUGGACAUCCAGGUCAAAGAUGUUCUUUGCCCCUAUGGUCCGUGGCCUGAAGACCCCAGAGAGAAGGAGGCCGGUAUAGUUACCAAGGCCGCUUUUGAGAACGAUAUGGACGGAUAUGUUCUCCAUAUCUGGCACUCGGUACUAGGCUGGACGCACGAAGAAGUACAGGUGUACCUUGCUCACCUCCGUCGCGAGAUUCGCGAUCCCAGGUAUAAACUCUAUUUCACGAGGAGGAUAGUAAUUGGAAGGAAGCCACUACAGCAAGCUCUGAGCUGA